AUGGGGAGUUUAAUUUCUCGCCGUGACGGCAGCAGACCGUCGACUGGGGCCGAGAGGCAGAGCGGGACAUGCGGGCGGCAAACUGACGAGACGCCGCCAGACUCCGACGACGACUCCUUGGAUGGGCUCGUCAGGAGGGAAGACAUAGCCCAGUUUCCAUAUGUCGAGUUCACUGGCAGAGACAGCAUUACGUGUCCGGCUUGUCAAGGAAGUGGACGCAUCCCCUCAGGUCAAGUCAAUGAACUGGUUGCACUAAUCCCAUAUACCGAUCAAAGGUUGCAGCCUCAAAGAACCAAGCUCUACGUGGUUCUGUCCGUUGUGCUGUGUUUCCUUGCCUCCAUGCUGGUGGCUUUCUUCCUUUUUCCACGUUCGGUUAUUGUGGUGGAUGACGGGAUACGCGUGGUGACGGUGCGCUUCGACCCUGCUAGCUUUAACAUCCAGAUGAACUUGACGAGCACACUGAACUUCAGCAACCCAAACUUUUUCUCAGUACUGGUACAAAGUGUCAGCUGUCAGGUGCUAUACAUGAAGAAUGUGAUCGGUACGCAUCUGCUUAAUAACGUUACCACCAUCCUACCACUUAGCGAGCGUCAGGUGAACUAUACAGUCAGCGUGGAGAUUGGCAGCAGUGCACCGUACGUCUAUGCCUUUUGCACCAUGCGCAGCAUCAAAGUCCACAACAUCCUUGUUUUUAUGCAAACCUCCGUGAAAACCUCACAGAUGGUACGAUCGUCCCAGAACAGCCUGGAGGCAUACCACUAUGUCGACUGUGGCUCUAACACAACGUACCGGCACUGGCACUCCUUCUCGACCCGCAGCCGGGUCUAA